UGCCCCGCAAAGCGUAAGGGCUUGUGAGAGCUUUAGUUAGACCUCUAUAGAUUUCAGAAACUAGCCCAUCUCUCUCGCCCCCAGUUAUAUCAGCAGAAAGAAACAUGCUGAAAACUAUGGACCAAAGUACUGCUGUUUGCUGCUGAGAUUCCAGUGUGGAGACAUGGGAGAUGCUGAACACAGUGUUCUUCCUCAAUAGUCACAGGGCACUCAAGGCCGGCCUGUGGGUCAAUUAACACAGAGCUUUAGUUUCAGGUCCCAGAACUAAAAAAGAGAAACAAGAAUUUAUCUAAAACUCAGCAUAAUACCAUAAGAUAGGGAUGGAAAGGAAGCAAGAUCAUGGGAAGUUGUACGGAAGACACAGAGUUGCUAGAUAAGAAAAAACCCUAAAAGACUGUGAAACUCUGGCCAUUUGCUGAGUUUCUGAGAAAGCUGGUGUAAGUAUAGCCAAAGGAAAGAAGCAGACAGACGGACAAAUGCAGGUCUUCACUAAUCACACGGCGGCAAGGGUGGCAGAAGAUGAGAUGGUCUGCAGCCCGAGAAGACAUUUUGUGCUGCAGUUAUAAAAAAGGAAUCCCACACACCUGGCAUCUAAAUAGAAUUGUUUGACAAAAGAUGAUGGAAAAAAUCCUGGAGAAGUUAGAUGCCCUGGAUGAGAGUGCAAGGGUACUUGCAGCCAUCAGAUCAAAGGAAGCCAACCCUCAGCUUAAACAGAGAGGAAAUCCUUUGACUACACCUCUGCUGUUUGAUCUUCAAGUGGAAUUUGGAGGCACAAUUACUCAACCUACAUCUAAGACAGCAAAGAUAACAGCUAAGUCAUGUGACCUUAAGACGUCAAAAGUGCGUACAUCUUUCAAAUAUAAGCCUAAACCCAAAAGUGGCUUUGAAGAGUCAGAUUUACCCGGUCUUGCAGCAAAUACAAACCGUGACGAAAAACCAAAAGGAGAAAAUCUAAAACUGAGUCCUAUAUCUCUUCAUUUUCUUAAGGAUAAAAAUGAGGCAGAAUAUGCAAAGCCCUUGAAUUUUCUACAGUCUCAACCUAGAAACCAGUGUAAAAGAUCAUCAGAGUCUUCAAUCCUAUAUCCUACAGGCGCCAAUCAAUCCAAUGCUAGUGAGGAGAAAGUCUCUACUCCAUUUACAGAUCAAAAUGAAAAGAGAGCUAAGAAGUCCAUGUACUCUACAGACCAUUCAACAGGUUCUAUGGAAAAAGGGAGAAAGGAUCAUCCACUGGUAAAGGAUUCUGUUACAAAAGAAAAUGAGCCAACCAGAGAUAACCAAGCAAGAACACUUUGUCCAGUAAAACAGAGCACCUUACUCCCCUUGAUCUUUGAGGAUGUACUGGAUAAUCCUACAAUCAAGAUAAUUGACGUUGGUCCAACAGAGACAGUGCUUUAUUCCAUGGACAGUGAGACAGCGUUAACUCUCCAGGACAAAGAAGACACCACAUCAAUUCCAUCUUCGAGUCUGGACUCUCUGGCCUUCAAAGCUGAAGAAAGCCACACAAAUCCAAUAAUUUUCUAUGAUGCGGCCUAUAUAGAAAUGUUGAUCACGAUAAAAAGGUUCACUCCCUAUGUAAUCACAUAUACAAGGAAGAAUAUUGUUCUAGAAAAAAACUGUGACAUGGCCAAAGCUUUAUUUAAUGAUGAGCCCAGUACUGUUUCUGAACCUCAAAGAACUAAGCCUGUAUCACAACACAAAGACUUGUCUUUCUUCUCUACUAAACAGGUGCAAAAGAGUAUAAAGGAGAAACAAAAGAGGAAACAUGAUAGUCUGGCUUCCGAAAAAAGACCUCCGAACACACUUUAUAAUUUAUCUCGAACUUUUUCUAGCUUAACGAAAAGAUUUGCAGGUUACUUUGAUAAAGAUGCUACUCAAGAAAAGAGUGCUAAGGCAGAUGGAUUUCAAAGAAUAUUUACCAAAGCAAAACCACCACCCAAACGCAAAUUCACUACUUUACCUAUUAAGUAUGACUCAAAGCCUCUGAAAAAUAUACUUGAAAUACGUAAACUAAACAACAUAACCCCACUAGAUAACCUGCUAACCUGGAAAAACAAAUGACCUAUAAAGAAUCAGUUACACCGCAAGACUUAAAAACAAGAAGAACCAAGUUCCAAGAUCAUAGAAGAAAUUCUUGACUGAUUAUUCAUGUACUGUUGGAUGAAGUACACAAUCAGCAGUGGUCUGUUCAAGAUCAAUAAACAGUGUUAGCUAACAUAAGGAUGGAAUUAGGGAAUUAUCAACAAGAGAGAUUAUAACAGUUUUGGUUGUCAGCCUAGCUUUUAAUGGUUGAGCCAUCUCUCUAGCCCAUUCAUGGCUUAUCUCAAUUAUACAUAUUAGACAUCUCUGUUGGCUACAGGACAUUCUCAUUCAGUACGAACUAUGGCGGAGAUUGAUGAGAAAGCUGCUGUCAGAAGCCAAAAACCAUCAACAAACAAAUGAUUGAAUGUCAAGACAGAUGUACCAUUAAUUUACUGACUGUGCAGUCAAUAGUAGAUCAGCGUUUUAGAGACUCAUGGGGAAACAGUGCCACGUAAGCAGUGCAUGUGAUUAAAAAGGCUUCAUAAAACCUGUCAGAACUAUUUGGAACUUCA